AUGAGUGUUCCUAAAGGUGAAGAUCUAAUGGAGGAUAUCGCAACCACUAGCUCAGAGAAACCCACUCUUGCUGACGUUGAAAAAUGGGAUGCUCACGUGCUUUUGGCUGUCGCCAAACAAAAACUACGGAACGAGAAAGGUAGCAAACACACGUACGUCGGGCAUAGCAGAACACAUCUUUUGGUCUUUUCAUUGAUGUUGAUGCAACUGAUGAUGGCCGUAGUAGGUGGUGGAGCAGAUUCGUUGUGA